CGGCCUUUCAGUGAACUCAAAAAAAUUGACCAUCGGUGAGAGAGAGAGAGAGAGAGAUCCGUCAUUUUGUCUGAGAAAGGAAUUAGAGAGAUACAGAGAGGAAGGCUGUUGGCUUUCCCGCGAUUUCCAUUCGUGAAAAGAUGAUGUCGAGCGGCUACACCAGUCUCGACAACCAAAAGGUCUCCGGAUCCGUUCCAGCGGCUUCAGAUCCAGGUCAGGUCACCGUCAAAUUCGCAGAUUCGAAUCUUAAGACAUUUCCACCUUCUGAAGCUCAAGGAAAGAUCGCCGGUGGUUUUCGUCCCCCGCGUGAUGCUGAUGAUACUUUCUCUAAACCAGAAAAUGGCAUUAGUUCUGAUGAACCUCAGUCGAGUGGUUGGUUUCGAGCAUUCACAGUUGCUGCUUACAAGCCAUACUUUGAUGUGGACACUUCAGAUGUAUUGGAGAGGAUUAAGGACUCACUUUUUCCAUUUAAAGGAAACUUUUCUGAGAAGACUGCUAGUAACCCAGACCUGUAUGGGCCAUUUUGGAUAUGUACCACCCUUAUAUUUGUAGCCGCAUCCAUUGGCACAUUUGCAACAUACUUGGCACACAAACUGCAGAAGAAAGAAUGGGACUACGACAUUAAUAUGGUGACGUGGUCGGCUGGUUUGUUUUACGGCUACGUCACCAUUGUUCCUCUUGGCUUGUAUAUCAUUCUAAAAUACUUCUCAGCUCCAUCUGGCCUCGUCCAGCUGUUCUGUCUAUAUGGUUACUCCCUCUUUAUAUUCAUUCCUGCCUCGUGUCUAUCUGUGGUACCUCUGGAAGUGUUCAGAUGGGUAGUUGCAGGUGUUGCGGGGUUCAUGUCAGCAAUAUUUGUUGCUCUUAAUCUCCGAGCUCACAUCAAGUCUGCUGGUGAAAGGUGGUUCUUAAUUGUGGCUGCGAUAUUCCUAUUGCAGCUGGCUCUGGCUGUUGUCCUGAAGCUCUAUUUGUUUACUGUUACGGUAUAAGAACAAUUUGAAAUCCUCAAUGGUAUGAACCAAGUGUAGAGCAUAGAGAGAAGUUUUUGGGCUUUGGCCCCAUGUUGUAGUUUAACCCUUCUAUAGAAUAUUUGUUACUGUGAAAAACAUGACAUGUAUUCUUUCA